UCCCCUCCUGACCUGUCCACUCCCCGCGUCCCACCAACUUCCCAAACCCCACCAGCCACCACCCCGUCCGUUCCCCACUCCACUCCGCUCCUCCCCCCCCCCCCCCCCUCAAGCCGAGCGCCGCCGCAGCCAUGGUCCUGACCGCCCGCGCCUCCGCCGUGGCGUGCCUUCUCCUCGCGCUCGCCGCCUCCGCCGCGGGCGCGGGAGCGGGCUCCCACUCCCCUGCCCCGGCGCCGGCGGUCGACUGCUUCGCGGCGGCCACGAGCCUGAUCGACUGCAUGGGCUACGUCUCCCCCGGGAGCACGGAGAAGACCCCGUCCAAGGCCUGCUGCGGGGAGGUCAAGACCGCCGUCGCCAACCCCACCACCGUCGGCUGCCUCUGCACCCUCGCCGGCUCCAAGGACCUCCCCGUGCCCAUCGACAUGAAACGCGUGCUCGCGCUCCCCGGCGCCUGCGGCGCGUCCAACGCCGCCUUCAGCAAGUGCCACAUUUCCGCGGGUUCUCCGACCGAAGCACCAACGCCGUCUGCUCCCGGAGGAUCAUCGAGCGGCGAGGCGACCACGACACCGCCACCGCAACCAGCGGCGGCGAGGAGCUCCAUGGUGACGGCGACCGCCCUCGCGGCCGCGGCGGCGGCGCCGCUGCUCGCCUACGGCUACCUCCUCUGAGCUGACGAGGAUGUAUCUUCGCUCUGAUGAUUGAGCUGCGCGCCGCGCUGGCUGAGUGACCGCCCUUUUAUUGUCGAGCUGCGCCGUGAUUCAGUUACUUCUGUUGUCGAGACUGCUGUUACUUGAGCUGUUUUUUUUUUUGAAACAGACUUGAGCUGUUUUAUAUGGGAGUAUUUGAUGACGUGACUUCCCGUGCU